AUGGUUUUUGGAAUAGGACUGGUUGUCAAUGCGGUCCUUGUGGCCAUCCCAAUUGGGGGAACCGUUGGAGCUCUCAUGGGCCUUGACGCCCACCGAGCCGCUACGGGUCAGAAGCCUCUAUUCACCGGGGGGGACAACAACGAUAGCGGCGACAUCGGUACCGGCGGCGGCAGCACUGGCGGUGGUGGCAGUGGUGGCGGUCAUAACACUGUCACGAAUAACGGCGUGGAGAACACCAGGUAUUGCGAUCUGUCUUGGGGAAUCAACCCACCGUCGAAAACCGAACAAUUCACUCUGAAUCCCAAUCAAUGGGGUGUGACAAAAGAUUCGACAGGAAAUGGGCUAUGUAUGAAUAUCACAACGUUGGUCAACCAGACCUAUGCCGCCCAGACUGCUCCCGAAUUCUCCGUCACCUGGCAAUUUGACCCUGGCCCGGAGACUUCACCUGUCCACGGAUACCCGAAUAUUCGUGUCGACGAUGUGUUGCCAAAGAAGAUGGAUCAGAUCUCGGAAUUGUACCUUGACCUGAGUUGGACAUAUGGAGUGGGUGACACGGUCGCCGCGUCAACAGAUGUAACAGCGUUGAGCAAGGAAAAUCUUGCUACAAACGUCGCUAUUGAUAUGUUCUUGGACGCCGAUGCCGACAAUGCCAAGAAUGGGACUCAGGCGAAAUUCGAGGUCAUGGUUUGGUUCUGGAUGUCCAGCGUGGAGGCCCAGCCCCAUGGAUGGGGGAACCCAGUAAUGAACAGGACCUUGGAAGGAACGGAAUUCAAACUUUACGCUGGCCAAAAUGACAACAAGCAGUACGUUCUGUCCUGGGUUCCGGAAGGGGCCAUCGAGAAGUUCACUGGAGACAUCUAUCCUCUCAUCACCGAUCUGUACAACUUUGGAGGAAGUGACUACCCGGCCAGAGAUGACUACCUUGGCAGUCUCAGUUUCGGAACAGAAGUAUACUCGGUGAACAGCAAUGUCACCUUCUGGGCCGAGAAGUACAAGAUCGACAUCAAGAGUUGA